CCAUGGUAUAUGUAGUUCUAAACCGCAGUGUUUACGUCUCUGUUAAAGUGCAGAACAGUAGCUAGAUUUCCAUAGAGCAAUGCAGUGGGACACCAUUUAUAACCACAUUACCUUCACGUUUUGGAACAGAGUGCUAUAUUUUUAAAUAUCUAUUUUUCACUCGUUUUGAUUUAUGUUCGUCUGAAGUAGCCUAUAGUCGCAGCGCUUGAUGUACUGUCUGUCACCCAGGGUUGUGUUUUCUAUCUGACACUGACAGUGGAGUAUGGCGGACGGUGGCCGGUUCUACAGUGAGCAUGACAACAGAGUCGCGGGCCCUCAGUUCCGGGGGGGGCGUAUGAGUCGGGGCCCAAUCUACUACGACGGUCCGGCCAGGCAGCAUAGGCCUCGAGGGGGCCAAAUGGGUGGGUUCAGGGGCCCUGGACCGGGACCUCGGGUCCGGUUCGAAGAUAACUAUGUAGAUGUAACUAUGAACAGCGGGAGCCCACAGGAUGGCAGCUCUCACCGCAGAUUCAACCCGUACAGGUGGCUGAAUCGGAGAGGCGAUGGACAAUUUGACCGAGACAGAAGAGGAGCUGGGGGCUACAGAGGAGAAGGUGGAGGAGGAAGAGAAGGAGGCGGAGGAGGAAAAGACAAGAGCAGUUGGUACAAGAUGAUUAUUCCCUAUGGGAGGAAAUAUGACAAGAAAUGGCUGCUGACGGCUUUACAGAACCUGUGCUCCGUACCCUUCACACCUGUUCAGUACCAGAUUGAAGGCCAUAAAGCCCAGUUCUACCUCGAGGAUGCCUGCACAGCCAACGCACUGUGCAGAGUCUCUCGCCAAAUCACAGACACUGAGGGCUACAAGGUGAUAGUGCUGAUGAACCCCUGUCCUCCUCCCGCCAUCCUCAACACCCAACUGAAACCUGAAGACAUGGAGCACUUAAAGCAAUGCAUGGCCAAGCGUUUUGAUGGGUCCCAGCGAGCACUGGACCUGAACAACAUCCGUAGUGACCCAGACUUGGUGUCUCAGAACAUCAGGGCGAUUUUGAGCAGAAAGACCUUUAUGGAUGCUGUGGUCAAGAUCAUUGAGGAAAACAUUCCUGAGCUGGUGUGUCUGAACUUGAGCAAUAACAAGCUGUAUAAACUGGAAGAUGUGGCAGAUCUGAUAAGCAAGGCCCCACACCUGAAGAUCCUCAACCUCUCCCACAAUGAGUUGAAGUCAGAGAAAGAGCUGGAUAGGUUGAAGGGUUUGAAGCUGGUUGAGCUGUGGUUGGACCGUAACCCACUGUGUGACCAGUUCAAGGACCAGCUCACCUACAUCAGUGCUAUCAGGGAGAGGUUUCCCCGGCUACUCAAACUGGAUGGUCAUGACCUCCCCCCGCCGAUAGUGUUUGAAGUGGUAGCACCCACCACUACCCCCCCCUGCAAGGGUAGCUACUUUGGUUCAGAAGAAAUCAAGGUCCUCAUCAUGCAUUUCCUGCAACAGUACUACAGGGUAUAUGACUCUGGGAACAGACAGCCUCUUCUAGAUGCCUACCAUGAUGGUGCCUCCUUCUCACUCAGCUUGCCCUCCAGUCAAAACCCAAAUAGGUGUAGUUUGAGAGAGUACCAUAAAGACAGCCGUAACAUAAAGCGACUCAAAGAUCCAUCAACACGGUUCCGCCUACUUAAGCACACACGGCUAAACGUGGUGGCGUUGCUCAACGAGCUGCCUAAAACUCAGCAUGACUCUGCCUCCUUCAAUGUAGACGUCAACACUUACACGACCACGUUACUGUCCUUUACGGUCAGCGGCAUGUUCAAAGAAGUUGAUGGUAAAUCUCAAGACGCGGUUAGGGCCUUCUCUCGGGUCUUCAUCGCAGUUCCUGCAGGAAUUUCUGGUCUAUGCAUAGUGAAUGACGAGCUAUUUGUGCGCAUCGCUACAACGGAGGAGAUCCAGCAUGCGUUCGCUGCUUCCGCCCCCACUCCCUCCAGCAGCCCAGUGCCCACCCUCACCGCCCCCCAGCAGGAGAUGCUCUCCGCCUUCUCCCUCAAGUCUGGCAUGAACCUUGAGUGGUCGCAGAAGUGUCUUCAGGACAAUGAGUGGGAUUUCAACAAAGCUGCACAGAUCUUCACACAAUUAAAAAUUGAAGGCAAGAUUCCAGAUGUCGCUUUUAUAAAGUGAAGUUGGAAGAAUACAUGCUGUUGAUACUGAAUAUUAGAUUUUCUGUUAAGAAUAACUAGAAUAGAAUUGUAUAUAUUUUAUGGGUUUUGGUUUUAUCUUUUUACUGAAGUAGAAAGAAUGUCCACAACGUUGACUUUCUGCUCAAUUGUUUUAGUAACAGUGUCAAGGUUGUUUGACUUGAUGACUGAUGUUAUGAUAAAAUCUUGGUUAUUUUAACCUUAGUUUAAAGUCAUGUUUUCAUUGUAAUACAGUAAAAUAAAAAGCAAUUGGUUUUGAA